CACGACCGGACGAACGCGGCGGCAGCGGGUCUGCGUUUCUAUUUUUAACGUGCCGCAGCGCGACGCCGCCCGCACCGCAGCGCGCCAGCGUCGACGUGCGAUCCACCGGCCGCGGAACGAUCCGCCGAAUGUGAAACGAUCCGUCGAACGUGGAACGAUCCGCCGGACGCGAAAUAACGAUCCUUCCGUACGCCUCUGCAGCAGUCAGAAAACCGACGACGAUUCAUCGUUUUGACAACACGAUAAUAAUAUUGUCGAUAGUAUAUUAUAAUAACAUAUAAUUGUGUUCUAUCGGAAUAAACCGUAAAAUCGUCGCGGUCACCGGACCGGGCACGAACCUCCGCGCACCCACCUAUUGCACCACUCCGCCGAGGACCGCACGCCAUGGCUCGACAUGGGUGACCUCGCCGACACCAUCGACGAUCUCAUAUGCAGUUUCGAAAGCGAUGGUAGCAAGACAAUGGACACGCUGAUCAUGUACCUGUUCUGCUGGGCGCUCGUCGGCUUCGCCGCGCUGGCCGUCGGCAAAUUCGCUUACGGUCGGGUCGCCCAGUACGCCGGCCGCAAAUCGAACGCCGCUAAAACGGCAGCCGCAGCCGGCUCGGAACCGGAUGCAGCAGCAGCCGGCGACCGGAAACCGUCGCAGCUGCAUCAUCACCGGGUCGUGCCGCCCACGCCGCCGGUGGCACGGAAGAGGCUGGGCUCCAAAUCGGGCCGCACGUCAGCGGCCGUGGCCGGCGUCGCGGCCGGUCUGUCCGCCGUUCCGGCCGCGGCGGCCGCCAACAAAGCGUUCUCGUCGGAACAGCAGCAAGCGUACAGCCACCACCACCACCCGCAGCACCAACGUCGAACGCCGCCCGCGGCCACCGGCAACGAUCCGGACGCUGUCCGCUGGACGAACGACGUGUUAAAGUGGCUGUACGACGUAGCCGCGUCCGGCAGCGAACCGUCGGCCAUGGACUAUCUUCUCGGCGAGUGGACGACCGCUCUCAAUGAGUACACUAAAAAAUCGUUCGCCGAACAUGGCGUUGGAGUUGAAUUUGUUCGAUUUCUACCAGAAACUCACCCACCGGUACUCAGUAACGUUUUUUGCGAACUAGGAGUCUAUGAAAAUAUCACGAUUACGUGUGACUGUGAUGCUACGCCGGCGAUGCAGUUGAAAGCGAUGCGACAGAAGGGCGACAAAGUGGACGUCUCUCAUUACCGAGUGAACGUGAACAAGUUACAGGCCCGGUUGAACAUUUCGUGUGACACUGCUAAGAAGAGAGGACAAAUUAAAUUCGAUGGAUGGCCAAAAAUAAAAGUAAUGUUGGCCCAGGUGGGAUAUAUUAAAAGUAAAUCGAUGGACGAAGUACAACUGCAAGAUGUGAUCAUGGACAUUGUGACCGGUGCCAUAAGAUCAACAGACCUUUCUGUUGAUUUGUACCGGUGGUCAGAGUUUCCGAAUUUCAUGAAAAGUCAACAGCCGAUAACAACUUCACCUUUGGACUCGUACACCGAGCGAAUGAUAAACCCCAAAACAGAAUCAACAGCCAUGAAGCAAGGAGAGAAAAGAUUAAUGGUUAAAGUCAUAAAAGCGAUUGGACUCGGACUCAAACAAGGAUGUUUCGAGCCGUACUGCGUGAUUGAAGUCGACGACCCGUUCCAGAAGAAGCAAACUUCGACAAAGAAGAACACUUCAUCACCACAAUGGAACGAGAACUUUAUGUUCACAUUGAACCGAACGACCGAGGAGAUAUUAUUCGAGGUAUACGACUGCAACCCGAAUGGCGGUAAUCAGUUUAUGGGCUUGGCUAUUGUCAGCGUCGAAGAACUACUCGUCAACCCUUAUCAGAGACAAGUGUUAUCACUCCAGUCACGGCCAUAUCAAGAUGAUUCGGUGUCCGGCACUCUCACGUUAGAAUUCAUUUUUCUCGAGGAUGAAGAACAGAACGCCGUAUCAAAAGGAACUACAGAUCUUACAAACGAAAGGCUUUCGAUGUACAAUGAUCAUUAUUUACAAGAACCGUUCGCUGGCAGUAGUGUGAAUCAAAUACGCAAAAAUGCGCAGGAAGAGAACAAGAACAAACACAUAUCGUACAACAUCAAUACGGUGUUCAACAACAAAGAUUAUUUACAAAUGCCGUCGGACCACAGAAACAUGACACAAGACGGUGUGGCAAGUCGGAUGGGUUUAUACAAUAACAGCAGUUCGCAACAGAACCGGGAGUCCGAAACAGGAAUAAGCGUCGAUAGACAAUAUGACACCGGUUACAAUGGAAUGUACGAAGCUGAUCGCGGCCGAAGCAGGAAAAAGAAACGUGACUUUUUUGGCGCUAUGAGGACCCGGUUCAACAGAUCCAAGUUCAGGUCCAAGUCGAUCGACGCUAACCAGCACGACAAGUACAACGAUUUAUACGGUCUGUCACCGGGACAGGCGCGAUCGAUAUCGGCGGACGGCACUAGAAACUCAUCGGAACCAUCUAUCGAUUUACUGGCACCCCCUCGGGCCGGGUCGGCUCGGUCAAGCCUGAGUGAAAUGUCUGGAGCCAGUGGUACAUCAACUGGUACGUAUCUGAACGAAGCAUCUACAUUGGUGUUAGAGACGACGGAAAACAACGUGAAAAAACAUUAUUUGGUACCAUUCACUCAGGCCAAGAAAAGCAAAUGGAAGAGGGCUGGUGUUAAACUGCACAUAUAUAAUGAUCAUACGUUCGUCGCCAAACAUUUAUCCAGUCGCCUCAAUUGUCUGGUGUGCGCAAAAUACUUCCCGAGACGCAUCGGCAAACAAGGGUACGAGUGCAGGGACUGUCUCAUCAAAUGCCACAAAGAAUGUCACGUUAAGGUGUCGGUGGUGUGCACCAAUUCAAAAAUUCAUAAUAUCGACCUGAAUAAUUUAACAGUAUUGCCAUCGAUAUCAGCAUAGUUACUGGACAGUCGACCGCACCAGACGUGCAUGUCCGUUCACGUUCACGUACACCUUAUCUACUCGCUAAUAAUAAUGUCAUAUUAUCAUAAUAUUAUAACAUAUAUAUCGUACACGAUAACCUUAUUAUAUUUAUGUACACUGAC